AUUCAGUCAGGGGGCUCAAGCUGUGUGGGAGAUAGAUGACUGGAGGGGUAGAAAAGAAUCGUUGUGGUUUAUAUUGGGACUUCUCGUCUUAUGCUCCGCCUCCACAAAUGCUUUGAACUUGAUGGUCAAUGGAUGUCCUUAUAGUUUUUCUGCUGGAGCUAUAUUCCCUGAUUCUGAUGUGAUGCUCGACCCAUUCUGAAAUGGAGUUCUCUCUAUCUUUUUAAAACCUUGGAUAUAAUUGGAUCUGCAUGCCUAAUAUAUUUAUUUGUAUUGACUGACAGCAGUGGAUUUAUAUGCAUUUUUAGUGGAAUGAAUUUGAUGGAAUGAUAAUGGUUUCAUAAUAUUUAGAAAUCUUCAUCUACCAGUUUGAAGUUGCUUGGCAACAGAAUCAACUUGAAACUUAAGAUUAGAAAUUGCUUUAAAACUGCUCAGGAUCAACUGGAGUGGAUUUUAAUUGCUUGGAUUAGAAGAGCAUCGAUUCUAAUUUCCUACAUUUUAUGAAUUCAUUUCCAGUUUGCAAUGGUGCCAUAUUAAAGCAUCAACAUCUCAAUAGACAGACAAAUUUUUUUGUCAAAAAUUUUGUGGCAAGUUCAGGAAUAGGUCUUCAGUUUAUCUCAUAGUUCCAGGAUCUUAUUAAGACUCAGUAACGAUGACAUCGGGACCGGUCUCAGUCCCAUAUGGGGGAUAUAGACCCUAUUACCAUCCAGAGGCCCACGUGGUGGCAGCCUUUGAGCAGAGUCUGUCCAACAUGACCAACCGGCUGCAGCGCCUGACCUCCACAGCCGACCAGAAGGACAGCGAGCUCCAGGACUUGCGGGAGAAGAUCGAGCAGCUGAAGGUGGCCCACAUCAGCAACACUCAGGGACUACUCUCCAAUGGCAUAUCCAACGGAGGGGUGAACGGCCAGAAGAAAUCCAGUAGCAUCCAAGCAAGGGAAAACACAGGUACAGAAGGUCGUAUGACCCGUCAGAUGUCCACUGAUUCUAUGUCGUCAUUAGCUAGUAUGACAAGCAUGUCUAGCGUAGGAUCAGCCGUAACAGACACCGAGAUGCUGGAAUCAAAGAAGAAGAAGAAGAAGAAUUGGACAUCCUCAUCUGGUGAAAAGAUCCGAAGUUCAUUCCGAGCAGCGUUCACUCGUAAGAAGAAGAUGAGCGGUACGAUAACGGACACGGAAGAUAUGGAGAGUAACGUAUCAUUAUCGAACGGGAGUAUCCCGAGCAAUGGGCAGCUUAAAACGUCCGCAUCCACCUCAGCGAUCUAUGACUCGCCGGAGAGUAAAGAAAUGAUCACCGAUCUCAAGAAGCAACUGAGGGAUAGGGAGAGUAAGUUAACCGAUGUCAAGUUAGAGGCCUUGAGUUCACAGCAUCAACUCGAUCAGCUGAAAGAAGCUAUGAACAAAAUGAAGAACGAGAUGAGUGUAUUAAAACAAGAGAACGAGAGAUUACAGAGGCAGGUCUCAUCCAGAAGAUCAUUAGAAGCCAACUCUUCUCAAGCUUCCUUGAAUUCACUAGGUUCAUCAAAGAGACUCAGUAGAGAUUCUCUCGAUCGUCACAGAUUAAGUACCCAUUCAGACCAUGGCAGUCUUGAUAUCUUAUUAGACGAUAACUCCGGCAUGACGAGCAACAGCAAACGUAUCGUCGUCACGGUAGCACUUGGAGGCCUUCAAGAUCCGUUGACCCAGCCUACAACGGUCUCCACACCUCUUCAAGAAGUUCUGAUAGGUACGAUAGGCAUCAGUAGCAAGACGAAUUGGGACACGUUAGAUAGUGUGGUUAGGAGAAUAUUCAAGGAGUAUGUGCUAAGAAUAGAUCCCGUGACCAACCUAGGCCUAAGUUCUGAAAGCAUCAUGUGCUACGUAGUGGGUGAGAUCAUGAGGACGAAGGAAUCGGAAUCACCGGAACUUCUACCCUGCGGGUAUCUCGUCGGAGAAAACAUUUCCAUCAGGAUAUUCGUGAAAGAUCAUUUACAGAACAGCUGCGAUUCCUUGGUGUUCGAGACCCUCAUCCCGAAGCCCAUCAUGCAACGCUAUGUAUCCCUUCUCAUGGAACAUAGACGGAUCAUCAUGUGCGGACCCAGCGGGACGGGAAAGACGUACCUGGCACAGAAACUUGCAGAGUACAUAGUCCACAGAUUAGGGAAAGAUGUGACAGCAGACUCCAUCAAUACCUUCAACGUUGAUCACAAAUCCGGAAAGGAACUCAAGCAAUAUUUAUCAUCGAUAGCAGAGCAGUGUGAAACAGGUGGUAAUGACAUGCCCCAGGUUGUGAUCCUAGACAACCUACAUCACGCUGGUGCCCUUGGGGACAUCUUCAGCGGCUUCAUCAAGUACCAGAAGUGCCCCUACAUCAUCGGCACCAUGAACCAAGCGACCUGCUCCUCAACGAAUCUACAACUCCACCACAACUUCAGAUGGGUGCUAUGUGCCAACCACAUGGAGCCCGUCAAAGGUUUCCUGGGGCGCUACCUCCGCAGGAAGCUGGUGGAGUACGAGAUCGGCCACAACACCCGCAACAACGACCUGAUCAAGAUGGUGGACUGGAUGCCCAAGGUCUGGCUACACCUCAACAAGUUCCUGGAGACCCACAGCUCUUCGGACGUGACCAUCGGACCGAGGUUGUUCCUGUCUUGUCCUAUCGACCUGGCCGGGUCUCAGGUCUGGUUCACCGACCUGUGGAACUACUCCAUCGUGCCCUAUCUCCUGGAGGCUGUCAGGGAAGGACUACAGCUCUACGGGCGCAAGGCAUCGUGGGAAGACCCGGCGGAGUGGGUGAUUGACAGUUACCCCUGGAUGGCAAGCUCCUCCCAGGACUGGCCCUCGCUUCUCAGGUUACGACCGGAGGAUGUAGGCUUUGAUGGCUACAGCAUGCACUCUGGGCUCAAGGGGUCAACGCAGGGUCAGCAAGGUCAAGGAGAGGUCGAAGGUGACCCAUUGUUAAGCAUGCUCAUGCAUCUGCAGGAGGCAUCGGGCUAUUCGAGCCCACGUAGUUGUGAGAGCCCUACCAUUUAGCGCACAGGUUCAACAUGCUAAUGAGACUCCAAGAAGCGGCCAACUGUCCCAACUCGCAUUCUUGCGACAGCGACAGCGUGGACUCGAUGGGAAUGAGCAGCGAGGACAUCUCCGUGGAAAUCACUGUCUGAGGAAGCUUGCACAGCCCCACACAAUCUUGACCCACCCUGUGGAUAGGAUGUAAAGCCCUAGGUCUACAUGAGUGUACUCUUGGAUUUCCAGUAACAAUGGACUUGGAAAGAGAGUGUUGUCAACAAACGCCUUCAGCGUCCACGCAAAAGGGAAUGAUUUGUGUUUAGAACUUUUCAAACUGAAGCUAAUGCCUUCAUUUGGACUUGGCAAUUUGGGGAAUAAAUAAUUCGUGUUUUGCGGCGUAGUCGGCGGGACGUUGAGCUUGAGGAGGUAUGGUGACUUGGCUUCCGAAAUAUUUUUCAAGAAAUCAGAUUCAGUCACUUCAUAGCUGUAUAGAGAAUGUUGGAUGCAUCUGUAGUAGUGAGGCAUAUAUGGACCUGAAUGACCUUGCCUUAGGACAAUGUACAACGCGAUGCCUAGUAUCCAUUCAUUUUGUGUGUAUUAUGCAGAGAUGGAAAGCCAGACUGAUAGACUAAGGUUACUGAUGACAUAUUACUUCCAGCAACAAGGAAUACUGAGAUAUUGAGUGAUGAUUGUGGUGAUGUUAUGAAUUUUAUAUCAUUCUUUCAUUUCGAUGUGGAGUGUGUUUGUUCGUGUCGUUUUCGAUGAAGUGCUUUACUACCGAAUUCAGCAAUACUUUACGGAGCAGGGACUCCGCCCACGGACCGACUGAUUGUAGGAGGUGAUUUUUAAAUGGACCAAUCAGGUCUGCCGGAUAGAUCUGAAGACCAAUCAGAUUGCUUGCAAUUUUCAGUGCUUCAUAGAGAUAUUGCUCCAUUGUUUGUGCGUGAUGCGGACAAGAAAAGCAAGUGCAAGAUCAUCAUUAAAUUGUGCAGCAAAAAAAAAUAUGCAUUAUGUGACGAGGAAUUGUUUAUAGAGUAUUACACGACAGAAUGGCACCGUUUAUCGAUAGACGUGAUGGCAGGCUAUUCUGCAAAACAUAGACGAUGUUAAUGAAAUUUAGUUUUACAAAAGUGCAUUAUGACAAAUUUGUCAUGUAGUAUACAUGUAAUAUGUACAUGCUUACCACACAUUGAUGGUGUACAAAAAAAAUAUAUAUGUCUAUAAUUUUGUAUUAUAUGAUUUCAAAUUUGUGCAAAAUGUAGCAAAGCUAAAGUUGAUGCCAUUUAAAUUCUUGUAUAGAUAUUUUAUCGUUCACUUGUACGUAUGGGUCUGAAAUGUACUACCUAUUUAUAUGCAUGCUUGUAAUUGUAUAUAAUGUUUUGCAACGCACUUUAAAAUAUUAAUUUAUUUUAGAUGAGAUAUGGUGAGAUGCUACGCUUCUUACAAACUCUAUUAUGUGCAAAUAUAUUUCAUUUGUGAUCGAGCAUGAGCUUGCUUUGUCUUUGAGAUUAAUUUAAGCUGAAAAAGGGUAAAUAUUUUGUCCUUAAAACAUCUUUUAUACAGCAUUCUUAGUCUGUCUUGUAAUGGAAAGACACAUUUUAGGGUGUCACUAUUGAUGUUAUGAUCCAAGUACUAUGUUCUACUUAUUAAAUGUUUCAGUUCUACUUACAUGUAAGUACUGGCUAUAAGUACUACGUUUGUACUACGCUGGAUAGUGUCUCCUAAAGCUUAUUGUUCAUCUCUUUAAUGUUAGUUUCCACUACAUAAUCCAGCGCUAUGUGAUGCAUUUUCUUAUAUGUCAUUUCUUUUAUCCACAAAUUUUUCUUUGGCUGAAAUGAUUCGAUUGAAAUUAAAUUGUCUUGUUGGAGCAAGAAGGUUGAAACAAUGGCUCACUUGGUCUACUUUUCACAAACCAAUUGGGUGGUGUUCUGAUAGCAUGGUUUAGUUAAAUCUGGGGUUAUUUUAGACCACACUUCUAUGGAGUGCCAGUUGUCAACUCAUUCACCAAUCAAGAAUUAUUCAUAUACUGCUGCAAAAAGUUGUCAAUAGAUUAGUUGAAUUGUGAGAUGGGAAGAACAAUUAUGAAUUUUUAUUAAUUUAGUUGGUACAUUAUAACUACCAUGAAUAAGGAAGAAGUAUUAUGAAGCCCGGCACUCCAUAGAAGUGUGGUUUAGAAUUCUAGGUUAAACUAGGGCUAAACCUGGGUUUAAUUAGAAUAUCACCCAUUUGGUUUAAUAUUGUCUAACAACUGAAUACUAUACAAAAAAUAGGUAUAGCCUGUGAUAAUUAGUAAAUGGAAAUUACACUAAAAUGCCGAGUAGACGAACUGGUUGCAGAUUAACUACGAUUAGACCAAGUGGGAUAAGGAUGAAACGGAAAGACGGCAAAGCAGGUGUAAAACGGUCUGUAAUUUCCAAAAUGGACAUACCACCUUUUGGCAGUAAAGUGAAAAUAGCAUUUCACCAUUGGCCCCAAUGCCAUUGAUCAUUUCUAUUGAUGUGUUUUUGCAGUAUUUGUGUAUAGAACCAAUUCAGUGCAAUUUGUCGUCGAAGUUGAUUUUUAAUACUAUUUUUUUCUAUUUCAUUUUUUUUUAAUGAGGAAUAAUUAAGGUGCUUUUUGCUUGGAAUCCUUGAUUUUCUUCAUUUUUUUGAAGGUUUUGAACAAAAUGUUCUAAUUUUUCAUCUAAAAUUUUUCAUUAAAAAUGUAUGUCUGAAUUUAUGUAUUUUUUUUGUUUAAUCCUGCCUAAUAUUUUAUAAUUGCGUGUCAUUGGAAGUGAAUUGAAAUUGAUUUGAAUUGAAUUUUUAUCAGACAGUUGUUUCUGAGAAAAGUUCCAAAUAAUUGUCAGAUUUUCAUUAAUAUUAAUUUACUUUUCUUUUUAAGUUCUACGAUUUCAAAGUAAAAUUCAAAUGCAAAAUAUCCUGAUUUCUUUGGAAGGGAAAUCUUUUGUUCUGGAAAUUAAUAAAAGAAUGGCAUUACAAAUAAUUCCUCAAAGUACUUACAGAUGUUUGUGAAGAGAAGCUGUAUUUGUUCAUUUUGUGCCAAAGCAAUUUUUUUUUUAAUGAAUCUUUCAUUAUGAAAUUUUGAGAAUUUUAUAUUAUAAACAAUUUUUAUUCGAUAUAAAACAAAGUUUUACACAGACAGUCAGGUCUAUUAGUAGGUAUGAUCAGUUCCUAGAGACGCAUGAUACCAUAUAAAUCUUGUGGUAUUUUGUUACUGUUAGACAAUAAUUGAACUAAUGGAUAGGUGAAAUAUGUGAAAGUGAUUCAUAUAUGUUGCAAAACGAAAGAACUAUUUGCCAUGCUACAUGUACAUGUAUGAUGCUGCAGUGCUUUUUCCCAGUUCAUUGUUGUCAAAAUGACCGACCAACCUUCAGGCAAAUUCUUUAAAAUUUAGUCUGUAGUUGCUUCAUUUGUUUUACAAUCUAUGGCUUAAUUCUUUUUAAGAAUUGAUCAUCAAUGUAUACUAAGUUACACUGUAAGUCUGUUUAGUUUUUACAUGCACUGUAGUUACACAAAUUACAUGUAUAAGUGAACGAUUGCUUGAAAGCUGGCUACACAAUUGACAAGCAAAGCAUUUUAUUAUAGCAAGGAGUUUCCUGUUCUGGUCGACUUGAGAUGAAUGUUUUAGUUAUCUCAUGAAUAAAGUUGUUUGCGCACUUAUCCUUUUUAAGUCUAUAUCCUCUGCACAUGGAUUUGUGUACAUGUGUACAAAAUAUGUCUACGCACUUAGCUUGAUCAAGGAAAUUGUGCUUACAUGUUUUCUCUUGCAUUCUGCCUUUUUAUAAAUUUUAAACAACUUUUAUUUCACUUUUUUAUUUUAAUUUUAAUUUUGAUUUUAAAUUAAUGUUCAGUGAUUUGUGACAAACAUACAUUAAAUGAAAUGUAGGACUGCGGAUUUUCAUGAAGACGUUAUAUGCAUGAGUAAAUGAAAGGGUGAUUUUUUCCCUUUUCUUCUUUGUAUAAAACUAGUGCAAAAUUUGACAACUACUAUAUAGUAAUUUUGUAUAAAAGAGAAAGAUAUUAUAAAAGGAAGAGAGUUUCCAAGAUUUAUGAUGUGGUUUAUAUCAUUGUGAUUUUUCUAAAGAUGAUUCUUUGUUUUGUGUAAAAUCUAGUACUUCUCACUUUUUUGCUGAAAAGUAAAUAUUUCCUCCCAAAUCACAAUAAAAACAAACUAUUUCAAAGCA